AUGUCUGCCGCUGCUGAAUUCCAUUGGGAUAACGCUGAUGUGAAAAAAAAAUGGGACGCGUUUACCAAAUUCGGAGCUGCAACUGCAACGGAAAUGACCGGAAAAAACUUCGACAAGUGGUUGAAAGAUGCCGGUGUCCUUGACAAUAAAGCAAUCACCGGAACAAUGACUGGAAUCGCCUUCAGCAAAGUUACUGGGCCAAAGAAGAAGGCUACUUUCGAUGAAACCAAGAAGGUAUUGACUUUCGUCGCUGAGGAUCGCUCAAGACAAAGCAAGAAACCAAUUCAAGAGGAAUUGGACGCGAUCACAGAGAAAUUGGCCAAAUUGGAAGCUCCUAGCGUCGGUGGUGCGGCUAAGGCCAAUGCAGGUGGCGUGUAUAGCCGUCUCACUGACCAUACUAAGUAUACUGGAGCUCACAAAGAGCGCUUUGAUGCUGAGGGAAAAGGAAAAGGUAAAUCUGGACGUGACGACAGCGGCGAAAACACGGGAUAUGUCGGAGCCUACAAAAACAAGGACACCUAUGAUAAAGCACACGGAAAGUAA